AUGGAUGAUAUACCGGAAAAAUAUGGUGACCCCGGUCCUUGCCUAGUGACUUGCACCAUAGAUGGGGUACAAUCUGUUGAUUGCAUGUGUGAUCUUGGUGCUUGUGUGAGCAUUAUGCCUUUGUCUGUUUAUGAGGUCUUGAAGCUUCUACCAUUGAAACAGUCGGCCACCCAGUUUGUUUUGGCGGAUAAAAGCAUAAUUUCUGUGGUAGAUAUUGCGGAGGAUGUUCUAGUGAGUAUAAAGGGGUUGGACUUCCCAAUUGAUUUUCAUAAUCUUAAGAUGCCCCCUAGUGACUCCGGGAGGACAUCAUCUAUCUUACUUGGGAGACCGUUCUUGAAGACCUCCCGGUUCAAAUUGGAUGUAUUUUCGGGUGCUUACUCGUUUGAGAUCGAUGGAAGAGAAGUGAGUUUUAAUCUUGAUGAAGCCAUGAGACACCCACCGGAGGAUCAUUCUAUCUUCCGGUGUGAUUUGAUUGAUAAUGUUGUGGCCAAAGUUCACCAAGAUGAUUUUCAUGGAAAGAGUAUGAUUCAAGACCCAAGUGUGGGGAGUUCCCAUGUAUGUGAAGAAGACACCUUACCACAUUCGGUGCUACCGGAUGAUCAAGUGCCUAACCAUGAACCAAGUGCAGAUUUGAAGCCACUCCCAACCCACCUAAAAUAUGCCUUUCUUGAGGAGAACCAAAAGUUCUCGGUGAUAAUUGCAGGGGAGCUUACCUCCCAACAGGAGAAGAAGUUGCUUAAUGUCUUGAGGAGGAACAAGAAGGCCAUUGGGUAG